GCGAGGGGGGGGGGGGUGGCGGGAGAUGGAAAUCUGGCGCGCCGUCCCGGCGCCAAAUUAGCCUCACCCCCUUUCACUCGCUCACCCUAGCCACUGCCCCCUUUCUUCCCUAUUGCCUCACCGGCGGCGGCGGCCGCGAUUUCAGAUUUGCGCUAUAGGCGGCGGCGGCGAUGGAAGAGGUGGGGGCGUUUGCGGCGCAGAUCUGGUGCUCCCCUGCUGUUGGCCACCGUCUGGUCGACCAACUCUGUGCCAUGGCUCCCCCUACGUCGUCCUCGUCUCCGAUGCCGGUUAUGGACGCACGAAUGAGGCUGAUAAUCCAGGCAGCAGCACUGAUUAGUGUGAUUCAGGCAUGGGUCAUGUUCAUGCACCAGAGAGCUGUUCGUCAUGCUGGGAGACCGUUGAUCCACUAUGGUCCAUUGUUUCCCCGGGAACAGGAGAGGAUCCAAAAUCUGAACUACAUCUACAACUGCAAUGACGUCGAGGCUCUGUGGAUGCUUAGAAUGAAAAGAGCACCAUUUUCCAUGCUUGUCGAGACCUUCAGGAGCAGGGGCUUGUUACAAGAUAGCAUCAACACCAGUGUCGAAGAGCAAGUGGCCAUGUUCCUCCAUGUUGUUGGCCAUAACCAGAGGUUCAGGGUCAUUCACAACACGUUCAGGAGAUCAAUGGAGACCAUCUCUAGGUACUUCAAGCAGGUGCUUUUUGCUGUUGGGGAGCUUAGAGGAGAGAUGAUCAGGAGACCAUAAGGCCAGGCUCCACCCAAGAUUCGCGGAAGCCCAAGAUGGUAUCCAUACUUCAAGGACUGCAUUGGGGCAAUAGAUGGUACUCAUGUCACUGCUAGAGUUCCUAGGUCACAGUUUGCAGCAUACAGGGGGAGGAAGCACUACACAAGCCAGAAUGUGCUUGCUGCUGUUGACUUUGAUCUGAAGUUCACAUAUGUCCUGGCUGGCUGGGAGGGCUCAGCGCAUGAUGCAAACAUUCUCACUGACAGCAUGAGUCGACCUGAUGGGAUCAACAUCCCCGACGGCAAGUUCUACCUUGGAGAUGCUGGCUAUGCAUG